GAGCGGGGCGGCGCCGGGCCCGGCUCCUCCCAGUGGCGGGAGAGGGGGAGCGGAGGCGCACACGGGCAGGAUUAGCUCAUCUCGGCGGCGGCGGUGUAGCGACAGCCUCCCCCUGCUCCGGGCGCCCUCUCCUCGUCCCCGGCCGUGCGGCGCGGCGGCCCGUCCCCAGCCGGCUCCAUGGCUGUGUGCAAUGGAGACGCCAAGCUGGAGAAUGCUGGAGAUCUUCAGGAUGGCCAAUAUCACUAUGACGGGGCAGUGGUAAUACUCGAUGCUGGAGCUCAGUAUGGAAAAGUCAUAGAUCGUCGAGUACGAGAAUUGUUUGUCCAAUCUGAGAUCUUUCCUUUGGAGACUCCAGCCUUUGCAAUCAAGGAGCAAGGAUUCCGGGCUAUCAUCAUAUCUGGAGGACCAAACUCUGUGUAUGCGGAAGAUGCACCUUGGUUUGACCCAGCAAUAUUUACAAUCGGCAAACCAGUUCUUGGAAUCUGCUAUGGCAUGCAGAUGAUGAAUAAGGUAUUUGGAGGUACAGUGCACAAAAAAGAUGUUAGAGAAGAUGGAGUUUUCAACAUUACUCUGGAUAACACAUGCUCACUGUUCAGGGGCCUUCAGAAGGAGGAGUUUGUGCUCCUCACUCAUGGAGAUAGUGUAGAUAAAGUAGCUGAUGGGUUCAAAAUUGUUGCACAAUCUGGGAACAUUAUAGCAGGUAUAGCAAAUGAAUCUAAAAAACUGUAUGGAGUUCAAUUCCACCCUGAAGUUGGCCUUACAGAGAAUGGAAAAGUGAUACUGCAGAAUUUCCUCUAUGAUAUUGCUGGAUGCAGUGGUAACUUCACAGUAGAAAAUAGACAGCUUGCGUGUGUUCAAGAUAUUAAAGAGAAAGUGGGUUCAUCAAAAGUCCUGGUUUUACUCAGUGGAGGUGUGGACUCAACAGUGUGUACUGCUCUCCUGAACCAGGCUUUAAACCAAGACCAAAUCAUAGCUGUACACAUAGAUAAUGGAUUCAUGCGCAAGAGGGAAAGUCUGUCUGUGGAGGAGGCACUCAAAAAACUUGGAAUUCAAGUCAAAGUGGUAAAUGCAGCCCAUUCAUUCUACAAUGGUACAACAACUCUGCCAAUCUCUGAUGAAGACAGAACUCCCCGAAAAAGAAUUAGCAAGACUUUAAAUAUGACUACAAGUCCUGAGGAAAAAAGAAAAAUUAUUGGUGACACGUUUGUGAAGAUUGCCAAUGAGGUAAUUGGAGAAAUGAAUCUGAAACCUGAAGAGGUCUUUCUUGCUCAGGGAACCCUAAGACCUGAUCUCAUUGAAAGUGCUUCCCUUGUUGCAAGUGGCAAAGCUGAAGUAAUAAAAACUCAUCACAAUGACACAGAGCUGAUCAGAAAGCUGAGAGAAGAGGGUAGAGUAAUAGAGCCACUGAAGGACUUCCACAAGGAUGAAGUAAGAGUGCUAGGGAGAGAACUUGGUCUCCCAGAAGAGCUGGUCUCAAGGCAUCCUUUCCCAGGUCCUGGCCUAGCAAUCAGAGUAAUAUGUGCUGAAGAACCUUAUGUUUGCAAAGACUUCCCUGAAACUAACAACAUUUUGAAAAUAGUAGCAGAUUUUUCUGCAAGUGUUAAAAAGCCACACACUCUGUUACAAAGGGUCAAAGCAUGCACAACUGAAGAGGACCAGGAGAAGCUGAUGCAGAUCACAAGCCUACAUUCACUGAAUGCCUUCUUGCUGCCAAUCAAAACUGUGGGAGUGCAGGGUGACUGUCGCUCAUAUAGCUAUGUAUGUGGGAUCUCCAGUAAAGAUGCUCCACACUGGGAGUCUCUUAUGUUCUUAUCCAGGCUCAUACCACGCAUGUGCCACAACAUUAACAGAGUUGUCUAUGUGUUCGGUCCACCAGUCAAAGAACCUCCUACAGAUGUUACACCCACUUUCCUGACAACCGGAGUCCUCAGCACUUUACGGCAAGCUGAUUUUGAGGCUCAUAAUAUUCUCAGGGAGUCUGGUUAUGCCGGAAAAAUCAGCCAGAUGCCAGUAAUUUUGACACCAUUGCAUUUUGACCGAGACCCCCUACAGAAACAACCUUCCUGCCAGAGAUCUGUGGUUAUUCGAACCUUUAUCACUAGUGACUUCAUGACAGGCAUUGCAGCAACUCCUGGCAAUGAGAUCCCAGAAGAGGUUGUGUUGAAGAUGGUGACAGAGAUUAAAAAGAUUCCUGGCAUUUCUCGGGUGAUGUAUGACUUGACAUCAAAGCCACCAGGGACUACUGAAUGGGAGUAACAAAUUUUGUUUUUCUAUUAAAGUACUGUGUGCAGUUUAAAUUAUAUCAGAAACCAUUCCCAGUGUUGACAUGCAGUACUGUGAAAAGAGUGACUGGAGCUGCUACGUAACAUCUGAUUCCUCUCCUGGAGCAUAAAUCUGCAGUUAAGAGCUAUGUUGGGGAUAACUGUAAGUGGGGCUGAGGAUUUGUACGGGUAAAUAAUCAUGGCAGCAUUGCCUGUGCGCAGACAGAUUCAUAUUGCUUUUGCCUUUUGUCUUUACUGAUUCUUCCUGUUUUCAUGUGUUUUAUUGUUACUGUCAUUUCAAUGUCUCUGUUUUUGUACACUGUGUAAAAAGAGACAGUUUAUUUACUUUUACCAAAAUCAUUGUUACAGCCUAAAAAUGUAAAAUGAAUAAUUAAUGUGACCAACUGCUUUUGAACAGAUUUAUUAUAAAUAAAUAUUUUGCCAAAUGGAGUAGUGGGUACUGUUGAGUUGUGGAAUUAAUGUGUAUCUGUUUGCUGUGUACUGGUAAGCCUGUUCUAUAUUGUUGGAAGUAUUAGCCCAUGGCAAUAACACUGAAUUCUGAAAGAUUGAUGCUAAAAUAAUAUGAAAUGUCCUUUCAUCUUCCUUUUUCUGCUCACUCCCUCUUACAUCACUUUCUCUUGACAGAUUGAGAAUGUAUGUGGACAGCAAACACGUACAUCUAUAUUUCUCAUCAAGCUUCAAUAUACAUUUAAUGAUGUCUGGUAGUAUAAAAUAUAAGGCAGAAUAUACUCUGGGGACUCUGAUGCAAUGGUAACAGUGGGAGUGAAGUUUGAGUAGCUCGUUGCAUCAGAACCACCAGUUCUAGUUAGUGUGACCUAGUUCAGUUUUGAUGUUUUUUAAACUCCUGCAUAACAACCCAUCCCAUCCCACUGCCUGUCCCUGCAUUUUUGUUUAUACUUGGUAAGAAUUUACUGUAUAGAGAUUUCCUUUUACAGGGGAAGUAUUUGUGUGUGUUGUACAGAGUUUGAUUUUAAGAUUGUUAGGCUCUUUGAGUAUCUAGUUGUCAUCAGAGGUGACUUAGCCAAGCACAAUACAAAUUACUUCAGUCAUUUGUACAUUGCUGUUUACUAUUUAAGUAAGGGGUAACUCAUAAGAAGGGAUAUAGUUAUAUUGGACCACCCAUAUUUCUCUAGUAUGUUGAGGCCAAAGGCCAAGUAUUUCCAGCCACCUAAGGAAUUUGGGAAUCUCAGAUAACUACAGUCCUUGAAGUGUUAUUCUUGUAACAGUUAAAGGUUCUGACCUGAGCAGCAUUACUAGAUAUUUGCACAGUUGGAACCUUAGUUAUGUAUCCAGAUUCAUUCUUUUCAUCAUGUCCAUUUUUGAAACUGUAUUUCAUUCAGCUGUGAAAUUACCUUAUAUCUGUUAUAAAGUGGGGUAGUUCAGAGCUGUCUCUGAUCACUUAUUUUCCUUUACAUAGAUUUUUUUUAACUGGAAUAGUGGCUGAUAAACAUUUCUUUUAACAAGUUGACCACCAUUUGAUUCCACAUGUUUUCAAUUUUUAGUACUACUGCAUAAACUUAUACUAUAAAAGUUUAGUUUAAUUAAUCACUUUUUAGUGUCAUGAUACUUCUACCUAUGCCACUUGGGAGUUAUGUAUCUUAGUUAUGGGGUAGGAUAUUGUACAGAAGCAUCUUCCAGUUUUUUGAAAAGUUUAAUGAACAUCUCACAGUGUAGAAAUGUUGUUAGUGGUAGGGAGGCAGAAGGCUCUAGUGGCUAGAGCACAUGACCAGAAGUCAGGAUACCUGUUUCCAAUCCUAACUCUCCUGCUUUGACACCUUGGGAAGUCAUGUAACCUUAACCUCUAUGUGCCUCAGUUUUCUCAUUUGUAAAAUGGGGAUAAUAAUUACCAUACCCAUCCUUCUAGAGCUAUAUGAGCUCUUUGGAUGAAAAGUGCUAUGUAAGUGAAGUAUUGCUAUUAUAUAUAAUGCAGUCUUACUAUUGGACUAUGAGCUGUAAACAUUUUCAAUUAGAGUAACUUUAAUGACCAAAAGUUAAAAAGUAUUCAUUGGGACAGAAAAAUAUUCCAUCUUUCAGUCCUCUUGAAAACAGCCAUUUUAACUCCUGUUCCAUAGUUCAAUUUUAACAAAUCUCCCUGAUGAAAUUAUGGCCUUAAUACUAUAUUUUUAAUUUUUGUCAUAACUGUACUGAGGAUAGUUAUUUUCAUGAAUGUAGAACUGUAUAAUACACAAAUGACACAAUCACAAGUAGUUACGGGCAAUUCCAUUUCAGUGAGCUGUAGAGAUUCUCUAAAUACAACUAUAUAGCCUUUGUUGCUUACUGUACGUAAACUUGCUAUUAUUGCUGCUGUCAUCAGUUCUGCGAAUGUUCUAAAUUAGACCUUGAGAGCAAAGAGAGGGGAGAGGAAAUGGGGAAUGAAGCACUAAAGCUUGUUACCGAAAUUAGAGGGCAUCUCUUUAACUCUUAGAAUACUGGCAUUUUUCUGACUCUUCUUCUAAGGCAUUUAUUUAGUUGGCAUUCAUGUAAAUAAAUAUGGAGUAUAUAGUCUCAUAGUUAUGAUGUAACUCAAAAGAAGAUACAGUACACAGUCUGGCCAUAGCAUCCAGAGGGUUAAAUAAAUUGUACCCUAUUGACUGCAAUAUACAUAAAUUCAGGAAGAACAUUUUUCAUAUGUGGUGCACAUUAGAUACUUAAGUCAAACUGUCAUAGGAGUUGCAUCUUAACUAUGGUUAUAGUAUAUACACGUAUACAGUGUGUGUAUUGAAGUUUGAUGUAUAUAUUUUCAUCAUAUCUGAUCUACACCAUAGUAGAUUGCUUUCAGGUCUCUAUUAAUAAAGUGGAGCUUGACAUACCCCAUAUUUUUAGGGACAUCUUUUUUACUAGAAAAAUGAAUAUUAGAAUAUAUUUAGGGUAUAUAAAAUAUUGCAUUAUGAACAGAAUGUCUUAUUUGAAUAAGAUUCCUAGGUCUUAAAAUAUCUCCCACCCUUUUUGUUCAAUACCCAUACUAUACAUUUGGGAAAUGUUGGGUUAUUCUUAGUGAGGUUGACAUCAAUUGCCAUCCCAGCAGUUCUUGAAUGUACUUUAUGGAGUCGACAUAUGUAGUACAGCCAGAUGCAAAGGGAGAAUAGCAUAUUUUUACAUUAGGUCAUAAGUAAAUUUAGUAUGUAGCUUACUAAAAACAGAAGUGUAGCUGCCCUGUACAACUUGUUCACCUCAGGUCUUCAGUGAGACAUGUCAACAUUUUAAAAGGAAUUUGUAUUGGGGGGUGAGGUAUUUCCCAUCAUUCUCAAUUUUUUUAACAUUUUUCUGCUUGUGAAAUGAUAUCGAGUACUGUGAGCCUUAAUUUUUAUCCACAAAUAAAAAAUAUACAGUAUGUUA